AUGCAGCCGGUCAGCUGACUAGACGCCAUUUUGUCAGCCAUUUCCUAGAUAGAUCCACUGGCAGUGUCUGCACAGCACAGGACGCCCCAUCUGGUCUCGCCUUCGCUGGCCGGGAUUAGUAAACAGUUACGAAUCAGGCAAAGACGGUACCCGGGUGGAUGAGAGACUGUCUAGCGGGCCGGUUAGCACCCAAAGGACCCCUACUACGCGCUUUUCCCCGAGGGUAGAAAGGACAGAAGUGUGCGAACAGUCAUGGCUUUGAAGAUAGUUAAAGGCAGCAUCGAUCGGAUGUUCGAUAAAAACCUUCAAGAUUUAGUACGUGGCAUUAGGAACCACAAGGAAGAUGAGGCUAAAUACAUCUCCACUUGCAUUGAUGAGAUCAAGCAGGAGCUCAAGCAGGACAACAUUGCUGUCAAAGCCAAUGCCGUCUGCAAGCUCACCUACUUGCAGAUGCUGGGGUAUGAUGUCAGCUGGGCUGCGUUCAACAUAGUUGAGGUCAUGAGCUCCUCCAAAUUCACAUACAAGAGAAUUGGUUACCUGGCUGCAUCCCAAUGCUUUCAUGAGAGCACUGAUGUCAUCAUGCUGACAACCAAUCAGAUCCGAAAGGAUCUGAGCAGUCCUAACCAGUACGACACCGGUGUGGCUCUCACUGGCCUGUCCUGCUUUGUGACCCCUGACCUGGCUCGGGACCUGGCCAAUGACAUCAUGACUCUGAUGUCCCACACAAAGCCGUACAUCAGGAAGAAGGCUGUCCUGAUCAUGUACAAGGUGUUCCUAAAGUACCCAGAGUCUCUGCGCCCUGCUUUCCCCAGGCUGAAGGAGAAACUGGAAGACCCUGACCCUGGGGUUCAGUCAGCUGCUGUUAAUGUCAUUUGCGAGUUGGCCCGGAGAAACCCUAAGAACUACCUGUCUCUCGCCCCGCUGUUCUUCAAACUCAUGACCUCCUCAACCAACAACUGGGUCCUCAUCAAGAUCAUCAAGCUGUUUGGUGCUCUCACUCCCUUGGAGCCCCGCUUGGGGAAGAAGCUGAUUGAGCCCUUAACCAACCUCAUUCACAGUACCUCGGCUAUGUCACUUCUAUAUGAAUGUGUCAACACUGUGAUAGCAGUGUUGAUUUCCCUGUCGUCUGGGAUGCCCAAUCACAGUGCUAGUAUUCAGCUCUGUGUCCAGAAACUACGAAUCCUGAUUGAAGACUCGGACCAGAACUUGAAGUACCUGGGCCUCCUGGCCAUGUCUAAGAUCCUAAAGACUCAUCCCAAGUCUGUCCAGUCCCACAAGGACCUCAUCCUGCAGUGUCUGGACGACAAGGACGAGUCCAUCCGCCUCAGGGCUCUAGACCUGCUGUACGGAAUGGUAUCUAAGAAGAACCUGAUGGAGAUUGUGAAGAAGCUGAUGCUGCACGUGGACAAGGCAGAGGGAACCACAUACCGAGAUGAGCUUCUCACCAAGAUCAUUGACAUUUGCAGCCAGAGCAACUACCAGUACAUCACCAACUUUGAGUGGUACAUCAGUAUCCUGGUGGAGCUAACCCGUCUGGAGGGAACACGCCACGGGCACCUCAUUGCCUCCCAGAUGCUGGACGUGGCCAUCCGGGUCAAGGCCAUCCGAGCAUUCGCUGUAGCCCAGAUGGCCACUCUGCUGGACAAUGCCCACCUGCUGACCGGCAACACGCAGCGCAACGGCAUCUGUGAGGUGCUGUACGCCGCCGCCUGGAUCUGUGGAGAGUUCUCCGAGCACCUGGAGGACCCCCUGUCCACCCUGGAGGCCAUGCUACGGCCCAAGGUGGCCACCCUGCCGGGCCACAUCCAGGCCGUGUACGUGCAGAACGCCGCCAAGCUGUUUGCCACUGUGCUUCGCGGCCAGGAGGGGGCGCCAGCAGACAGGACGGUGGCCCAGGAGACCAGCCAGUUGCUGAUUGACAGGCUGCCUCUGUUUGUCCAAAGCGCCAACUUGGAGGUGCAGGAGAGGGCCUCAUGCAUCCUGCAGCUGGUGAAGUACAUCCAGAAGCUGCAGCAGAAGGACGUGGAGGUAGCUGAGGAAGUGACGGCUCUGUUUGCUGGGGAGCUCAACCCUGUGGCCCCUAAGGCACAGAAGAAAGUGCCUGUUCCAGAAGGUCUGGACCUGGAUGCCUGGAUCAACGAACCGCCCUCUGAGAGUGAGUCUGAGGAUGAGGGAAGGAAGCCCAAAGGCAAGGCUGUGUUUGCCAAGGAGGAGUCCAAACACACCAAGCCACGCUACACGGAGGUGGACGAAAAGGAACUGGCCAAGAGGAGAGAAGUGAGGAAAGCCGAGCAAGCCAACAACCCCUUUUACAUCAAGGCCUCCCCAUCCUCUCAGAAGGUAUACCAGGAUGGGGUUGGUGUGGAGCACAUUCCAGUGGUGCAGAUUGACCUCAGUGUGCCUCUCAAAGUCCCAGGGAUGCCAAUGUCAGACCAGUACGUGAAGCUGGAGGAGGAGCGUCGGCAGAAAGACAAGGCAGACAAGAAGAAGAAGGACAAGAAGAAGAGGAGGGAGAAGGGCGAGAAGGGACGGAGGAGGAAGGGCGACUCCGGCCCUGAGAGUGAGGAGGACAUCACCCCUGCACAUAUGGUGGACAUCACCACUGAGGAGAUGCCAGAGAAUGCCUUACCCAGUGAUGAUGAUGAAAAGGAUCCCAACGACCCCCACAAAGCUCUGGACAUCGACCUGGACAAGCCCCUGGCAGACAGUGAGAAGAAGCUGCCGGUUAGGACACACCGCCCCGAUGAGGUUCUCAGGAGCCCUGUGGAUGAUGGGGAGGGGGUGGAGGUUGUGCCUGAGCUCAAGAAGAAGAGUGGGAAGGAAAAGAAGGACAAGAAGAAGGACAAGGACAGGAAGAAAAGUAAAGAGGAGAAGAAGAAAAAGAAACACAAACACGAGGAAGGGGAGAAUCUUAUGGGGGCUGGGUCGGAGGUGCCUGUCCAAUCGGAAGACAGCAACGAAGUGGCAGCCCCACCUCCUGCCACCACUACAAAUGAGGCUUCGGAUCUGGAUUUCUGGCUCUCAAAUGCUCCAGUGCCCUCUAACCCUCAGGAGGCUGCCAAAGUAUCAGAGGCUCCCUCUGCAUCUACCCCUGAGGCAGUGUCGGGUAUGGCUGUCGUGCCACCGGACUCUGAGCCUGAAGAGGCCAAAGACACUGAGCCAGAGGACACAAAGUCUUCCAAGCACAAGAAGAAGAAGCAGAAGAAGGAGAAGGAGGAGAAGGAGAAGAAGAAAAAGAAGAAGCAUCACCACCACCAUCACCAUAGCGAUGGGGCUGGAGAUGAGUCUGUGCAGAACGGCAAUGUGGAGGAGGAGGAGCCUCUGCCGCCAAUGUCCAAUUACGCCCUGCUGGCUGAGAAUUCCUAUAUCAAGAUGAUGUGUGACAUCCAGGGGAACCUGCAGGACGGCAGUCAGGUGGUGGUAUCGGUUAUCUUUGAGAAUAAAUGUGACAGCUUCAUCAAGGCCAUGGAGUUCAACGUGCUGGACUCUCUCAACUCCAAGCUGCAGCGGCCCGAGGGGGCCGGCCCACACGACGGGCUCACUGUGCCCUUCCAGCUACCGCCCGGAAUCUCAAACGAGGCCCGCUUUGUCUUUUCUGUACAGAGCAUUGUGAUGCCCCAGAAAUUGAAGGGAACUCUCACCUUCAUAGUCAAGACUGACGAUUCCUCAACUCAUGAAAAACUGGACUUUAAAUUGCACUUUACCUGCACCUCAUACCUGAUCACCACUCCCUGCUACAGUGACGCGUACGCUAAGCUGUUGGAGUCAGGGGACUUAAAGGGGAGCUCUCUGAAGCUGGAGGGAGUCAGCCAGCCCUUCCACCAUCUACUGGCCAGGAUCUGCUUCCAUCACCACUUCUCUGUUGUGGAAAGGAUCGGUUCCUGUGCCUCCAUGUACAGCAGGUCAAUCCAGGGUCACCAUGUGUGUCUGCUGGUCAAAACUGCUGAUCAGACGGUUUCCAUCGACGCUAAAUGUGAUGAGCCGGGCCUGCUUGGGAAUGUUCUGGAUGAGAUCAAGCUGACCUUCUCUCAGUGCUGAUUUGUCUGACGGCCCUGCCGCUCGAGCCCUCCUCACUAUAAAACACACAAUCAUUUGACAAACACUGCGGCUGGCUCUCCACCAUGUUUAUUAGUCCUUAGAUGAACGACGCCCCUUCGUUCCUCUCGCUUCCCCCUAUUCCUUCCUCCGUGAUGCCCUCUGACACUUCCUCAGUCCUUCUCUUGCAUUCACAAUUGCUCAUUCUUUUCUGUAUGCUCACUCCCUCUUGGUACUUUUAAUUUCAUUUAUUUUUGACCAACCCAACCUGUUCCAGCCUUUUGACUGAGUUUCCGUCUUUUGGAAUCCUCCAUCUAUUCUCUCACUCACAUUGGCAUUACAGCCUGUGAUGGUCAUGUAAUGUUAUUUUACAACUGGACCUUUUUGUUGUUUGUUGGAAUGUUUUUGUGAUUUUUGUUUGUUUCUCUCUCUUUUUGUUGAUGUCUGCGCCUUUAAUUAAACAUCAGUAUGUUACCAUGACUCUCCUCUGUGGUCCUGUAGAGUGUGGGACUGUCUGACUGGCCCUAGCUGCCCCCCCCACCCCCCACCCCGACCUGACUGAAGAAGACAUCUCUUGAGCCCCAUCUCCUGGUGUCCCUGCUCUUCGCUCCUGUUGUGCUACGCUUCAGUUUGACCUGUGUUGCUAUAACCUAUAAAUAACAGUAUCAAUUCCUAUAUGAAUUUGAAAUGCCUGAGCCUGAAAAUUCCACUAAGAAUGUAUUGGAGGAGGAGUGCUUGUGGGUACACUGGGACCAGGUCUAAACAUACUGGCACUCCAAAAUUCAUUUCUGCAAAAAUCACUAAAUGGCUUUUACAUAGUUGAACCAUGUCCAGAUUCCUUGCUCUCAGUCUCCUGUUAUUGACAUGGGUACAAUGAUGUGUUUUCACAAUGAUUUAUCGCUGUGAUUAUGUUGUAAUGGUUGAAGGGUGUUUUCCUGCUUAUCAUCUGUGCUUUUCUAGAACUCUCUUGCCUAAGGCAUGUCUACCAUCGUUUCUGAAGUGUGUGACAGUAAUAUAAAAUCUCCUGUUGUUAUGCCACUGCUUGUCUUUAUUCACGUGUGGCUAAAGGCCAGCAAUCAAAUACUGCAGCUAGAGAGGCUUACGUAGAGUGAAGUCCAAAAGCAUUUGGACAUGACACCUUUUUUAUAUUUUGGCUCAUACAUUUGCUGUUUGGAUUUUAAUUAAGAAUGUUUUCUGGACUUGCUGUUAUUGUUUUGUACAGAGGUUCGCAAACCUUGUGGGGUAGGAUUCUGGGCUGUUAACUUUUAUCAUUCGCAAUUAAUUCAUUAUCUGUAUUCGUUGUAGCAUCCACGUCAAAGUAGAGGUGUUUAGAAACAUUCUGUUCCUAUUCACAAUCGGAUUUAAUCCAGAAUGACACUGCGUUAUCACACAUUUCUAUUGGGAACAUAAACAAAAAAGAUGUCCUUUCCAAAUACUUUGACUUUGCUGUAGCUUUUCUAUAUCAGGCUCUUUAUAUCAAACUGUCUCCUUUGUGUGAAUAUACAUAGUUUAGGGUCACCUAUAGAAAUGGAAGGCUGUUUUAGUCAUAUUAUAAUUGUAUUCUGGGAAAUCAAUGGUCCUUACAUUUUUAAUCAAGGUAGCUUCUUGUUUGCUAUGUACAUUGCUCUUUCAUAUCACCACAACCUCAUGCACUUCUGACAUGUUGUCUCUCAAUAUAAAACAUACAUGGCUCUAAAGAGAAACCAAUAUUAUUCUAGUGUUAUCUUCUCUUAGAACUGCCUUGCCACUUCCUGUGCAUUGACAAUAUGAUUGACAUGAAUGGUCAUCAUUUUAAAUGGGUUAUUCCUUUUAUGACUUGCUCAGAGGUACACGUUUGCCGUCUAGUUACUCUCAACGUGUCUCAACAUGCUUGGUCCUGCAAGAAGUAGCUGCAACUUGAAUGAUCCACUAGGUUUUUGUUUGUAUCCAAACUCUCAUUUGUCUUGCCAGUGUAGAUGGUGUUGGUCUUUUGUUGAACCAUAGGUCAGCCAUUCUAUUUGUAUAUUGUCCUGUGUUGUUGUGAGUACGGAGUGAAGGACUGUAUUUCAUGGAUAAUAUUCAUAAAACAUCCUUCCAAAAAUAGAUUUUGAAAGUCAAUGCAAUCCUAAAUUGUACUAUUUUAACAUUUCUGUGAAUAAUAUUUAACUACAGUUUGUUUCUUGCAAGAGUAGGAAUGUAUACUUUUUUGCUAUCCAAGGACACACACAAAACUCUGUCACUCCUUGGUUGUCUCCAUUUUUCUUUUUUUCUGAAGUGAAAGCUGACUACAGUCAACUUUUUUUUGAUUGUACUGUAUUUUUAUCAAAUAAGUUCAUAAAAUCAAAAAUGUAUUUCUUAAAUGUUUUAAAUUAUUGACCAUUAGUGAAUGGGGCUCCAUGUGGUGUCAUGGUGCUGAGAGGAAGGGGCUUUAAUUCGGUAGAUAAGAAAGGGCUUGUGGUGCAGUUCAGUGAAGCGACUCACUUUGUCUUAAUUUUUUCUCUGGUAAAUUGUAGUGAUCAUCUUGCUGAUUUUGGUUUGUGACAUUAAAAUAUGCACUCAUUGCUUUUUUUUCCCCCAAAGAUCCUGUCAACUUCUUCAUUCUCAAUUCCCCAGCAGUAUGUUGUAAUAUAAUGUCUUAUUUUAUUUUUAAGAGGGGACUACAUGAGCAAGACAAAAUUAUUGGUCUGCUAGAUCAACAUUCCCUUAAAGAACAGAAUUCUACCCAAAUUAAAAUAAAGGCUGCGCUGCUGUUGUCUCUGUGUUAAGGUGAACCAAUAAACUCCCACAUAUAAAAUUAA